CCGCCUAGCGCUGCUGCUGAUUGGUUGGCGUAAAACGCAGGAGUAAACGCACUCGCCAUUGGUCAACGGUAGCCGAAACCGGGGGGCCUCGCGCGACCAAUGAGGCACGCCGUUGGUGGUCGCUAGGCUGGAGGGAGGAGGAGGAGGCGGCGUUGGCGAUGGCGGACCCGCCGGUGGAGCUUCUCUUCUGUGACUCCUUCAAGCACGGGGGAGUCGAGCAAAAUGGGCAGGUGGACAUGGUCCAGUUCCCCGGGCCUGUGCUCAUCCAGGAGGUGCGCGUCAUCCCGCAGGGCGUCCGCGCACACAGCAACCUGCCGGACCCCUGCGCUUAUGGGGAGACCACGCCACGUGCGUUUCAGCUGGAACUGUUUUUCAGCAACAUCACCAAACCGAAUCUAUCAGUGUUCGAGAGGCUCGGAAGUCUUGAUUAUGAGGAGCCUUCAUCCAUCAUAUUUAAGCCGAACAAUAAGGUGAACACUGAUGGGCUGGUGGUGCGCGGUUGGUACAGCACUCUCACGCUGGCCGUCUACGGGGUGGUGGAGAGGGGCCUCUCCCGCCCCCACGAGCGAGAGUCUCCCCCUCCACCACCCCCACCUCCGCCGCAUCCUGGGGUUCAACCGGGGCCCUAUAAGCGGCCACAGAAAUACGACGAAGUCGCAGGCCGAGAGUGGGACGUGGAGGAGCAGUUUGUGCGGAGCCCUCCCCGCCACCAGCCCCGCGGGCCCAGGACCCCACCUGGUCCUCCUCCUCCUGACGACGACGACGAUGAGGUGCCCAUCCUCCCAGUCGCCGUCUCGCGGGAUGAUCCGAACGCCGCCGCGGCCGCCGCCGCCGCCGCCGUGGCCGCCGCCGCCACCGCCAUCGUCGCCGCAGCCGCCGCCGCCGCCUCCCAAAAGGAGUUCUUCCCGGCGGUGUCCCCGGAUCGGCCGUGCUCCCAGCCGUCGGAGGAGCGCUUCUCGGAGGAGGGAGAGCCCGCCGGCGAGGAGGAGGGCAACACGGGUGGGGAGGACGAGGAGGAGGAGGAAGAGAUCGAGGACGAGGUGGUGGACGAGGAGAUGGAGGCCGAGGAGGGCGAGGAAGGGGAGGAAGGGGAGAGCCACGCGGCGGAGAGCAUGCCUGACGAGGACGAUGAGGAGGGAGAUGGAGACAGUACGAGCCUGGCGAAGCUUCAUCGGGACGAUGGGUACGAGCAGAUAUCGAGUGAUGAGGAGUGCAUCCCGGACGCGGAGCACGGAGCGUAUAAGUACCCGAACUUUGACCUGGAGCACUACACAGCAGAGGAGCUCGCAUCCGUGCCCGCCAUGUCCUAUGACCCUCUGGACAAGGAGCUGGCAUCGCUCGCACACUUCAGCCCCCCCUACCUCACCCGGUUCGAGGUGGCCCUGGCGAGCAUCGCCUCCAACGAAUCCAAGCAGCAGGAGGAAGGGAGCGUGGAGCGUGCGGAGCAAGCGGAGCGCCUGCGGGACCUUCUGGAGGCCCACGAGGGGGACCUGGAGCGCAACGGCCCCAAGUGGGUGACGGCGCUGGAGGAGGCGCCGGCGCUGCUGCCCGAGGGGCUGAGCUGGUUGCGAGCGACCGCCGCCCCGGCCCACGGCGACGCGUUGCGCCGCCUCGUGGCGUGGUGCCGGCACGCCCUGGGCCUGGACGCCGCCCUCGUCCUCCCCAUCGCCAUCAACUUGCGUCAGCUCAAGGGCGGCCUCAAGCUGGCCGGCACCCUGGCCGAGUGCGGCGCCGACGAGGCGCGGGCGCUGGUGGCGGCCGGCGUGAUCGAGCUGGUGGUGGACCUCCUGUUUGCCGAGCACAUGGCCUCCUCGCUGAAGCUGGGUGCCAUGAAGGCCCUGGACAGCCUGGUAAGCACCAAGGAGGGCGUGCGGAGUUUCCUGGGCGAAGCGGGCCAGGCGGGCGGCGCCAGCGGUUACCAGAGGCUGCUGGACCUCAUCCUGUCGAAGCAGACGGUGCGCGUGGCGACGGCCGCUAGCGCCGUGCUGCAGAAGUGCCACUUCUACGAGCUGGUGGUGGAGGUGGAGCGCGCGGUCGAGGCCCUCUCGGAGGGCUCCAAGGAGCCGCGGCGGAGGCGCAGCACUGAGGGGACCGGCACGGGCGACAGCGACCUGGACAGCUCCGACGACACGGACGACCCCGAGUCGAUGUGCGGUGGGGCCGGCACCGGUGCACGUGACCUGGACCGCCUGGCCAUGCUGCUGGAGGAGAUGCAGGAGCUGUUGGUGCGAGCGCCGCACUGCAUGCUGCAGCUGCCCAUCAAGUGCUUCCCAACGCCCGCACGCAUCACCGGCCCGCCGGAACGUGACGAUCCCAUGCCCGCGCUCUUCCGGUACAUGCACGAGCAUCACUUCCUGGAGUCGCUGGCGCUGCUGCUGUGCACGCCGGCUGCCAGCCUGCACGCCGGGGUCCAGCAGGCGAGCCGCGACGUGCUGGCCGGCCUGGCCGCCACGCAGCCCGGCCUUCUUUUCCUCGGCUCGCACCCCGAGGCAGCCGGCUUGCUGGUGCGCGCGCUGGCACAGCUCGCCGAGCAGCCGGAUCACGAAGACGGACCCGCGCCGGCGGCCGGCGGAGGGGCCGGCGCCGGCGGCGGAGGCGGCGGUGGCGGGACCGGCAGCGACCCCGCGCUGGCGCUGAGACUGGCUUACAGCCUGCAGGCGCUGCAGUGCGUGUCGGAGCUGUUCGAGUGCGGCGCGCGGGUGGGCGGCGAGGGCGACACGGACAACUCGGGCGUGCUGGGCAUCCUGCACUCCCUCUACCUCAUGACCUUCCACCCCACGGGCCGUGCCGCUGUCUGCCACGUGCUCGGCCUCGACAGGAACCUGGGCUGCCUCAUCCCGUUCGUGGAUCAGUGCUGCAAGGAGGGACAACAGGGCGAGGUGAAAUCCAAGAAGUCCGUGGCGUCCAACUACGCGUGCAUGCUGGUGCUGCUGGCGGUGCAGCUGUCCAGCGAGGUGGCCAUGCUGGAGCACUACGGCACGCCACUGCUGCACCUGUGCAAGGAAGACGAGGGCAACGCCAAGUUGCAGGAGCUGAGCAGGUGGCUGGAGCCCGUGAAGGACCUGCACUUUGAGAUAUCUUCCAUUCCCGCACUCACGGAGUACAUCAAACAGAACCUGGACAGUCUAACGAUCCACGUUGCCCAUGAGGGGCCGGGCCUGGCCACGGCAUUGAGGGUCCUCAAGCACAUCGCCUGCCCUCCCCCGCCCAUUAAAGGGCAGCAGAAGGACCUGCGCUGGAACUUAGCCGUGAUCCAGCUCUUCUCGGCCGACGCUCUCGACCUCUUCAUCCGCGUGCUCCAGAAGCUGAGCGCCGUGUUGCUGCAGGCGUGGCGCCACCACGCCGGCGCCAUGGCCAGCCUGCAGCGCAGCCUGGUGCUCUCCAUCGCCACGUGCGCCCUCUCGCUGCUGCAGGCCAUGCUGGCUGAGCUGCUGGGCGGCGGGCCUCAAGGUGGCGGCUUCGAGCUGCGCGACUCGCGGCUGCCGGCGGCGUUGGUGUCGCUGCACACGGUGCUGUGCUCGGUGCCACUGUCGGGCCAGCUGGAGGCCGAGGAGCAGCAGGUGCAGACGCUGGCCGUGGACACCCUGCUGGCCUUCACGCAGGGCGUGGGCGAGCAGGCGGCCGGCUCGGGCGACACGCUCGCCUCCAACACGUGGUCGCUCAUGCUGCGCGAGGUGCUCGACUGCACCUUGGCGGCGCCCGAGAGCUUCUACUCGGGCCUGCUGCUGCUCACCGAGCUGCUGCCCCUGCCGCUGCCCAUGCACGCCGCGGAGCCCCUGUCGGCGCAGGAUGUGACGACGGCGCUGAACAUGCGCAAGCUGUGGAGCCUGCACCUGCGGGCGCAGGCGGACACGCUGGCCGAGCUGAUGUCGGUACAGGCGGCCACCGGCUGCCAGCCGCUGCAGAUGCUGCUGCGCCGCGUGGCCGUGCAGCUGGCCGACCUGGCCGCGUUGCCAGCGCUCAUGGUGCUGCGAGCAACACUGCAGCUGCUGCAGUCUCAGCUCACCGCCAGUGAGAGCGUGGGUUGUCUGUGCUCGCCGCUGGUCGCCCGCGUUCUCGGCUUCCUGGAUGCACUGGUAGCACACGCGUCCUGCAAGGCAGCAUUCCUCAGCAUCGUGUCGGGGAGCGUGAAGGGGGACGAGCAUCUGACCGAGGUGCUACCCGCAAUGCUCGCCAUCCUACGGGCACCAGUCGACGGUUCCGUGCACCAGCAGCAGGCGCAGGACUGCGUUUCCUCCAUCCUGCAGUCGCUGUGCGAUCAGGACAUCAGCCUUUGCCCGAGCGUCUCGGGUGAAGGCUCGGCCGCUAGCCAGGACUCUCCGCUCCUCCUCCUCGCCGCUAACAACAACGUGCCCUGCCGCGACGCGUUGGCCCCCGCUUGCGACGCGCUGCUGGAGCUGCUGGGCCGCGGUGGAGAGCCCGCCGGCCGCGGCCUGCUAUGCGGCCUGCGGGCCCUCGCGCUGCUCGCCGACCACAGCUACGGCCUCUACCACGUCCGCUGCGCCCUGCGGAAGCACCCCCACACGCUGUUCGGGGUGGUGCGUGGCGUGGCGAUGGCAGCGACGCGGGAGGCGCCGGCGCUGGCGGACCACACGACCGCGCUGCUCUCCGCCCUGCUUGAGCUGUUGCGCCUGCUGCUGGGAGCCGAGCACGCGGGACACGAGGGCGAGGAGGCGGAGGGCGAAGAGCACGAGGGGAGCUCUGCUGAGGCGACGGCAACGGCGGGGGCCGCUGCGGGCACCACGGCGGGCGCCGCGGCGUGGGUGAUGAGCGUCGCCGAGGCGAGGCAGCAGUUCCGCUGGGGGGAGCCGCUCGGGGUGGAACACCCUCUCGUCCAGCUGGAGAAACUCGUCACGGUAAAGGCAACUACGGACCAGGGCAAGGAGGAGGAGGGGCUGCUGGAGGGGCUGCUGGAGGGGAUGUCGGCGCUGCGCCGCACCCUCGACUCGCCCGCCGGGGCCCUGCCGCUGCCGCCGGCGGACUCCGACGUGCCGCCGGAGCCCACGCUGCCUCCGCCCGAGAGCCUGCAGCAGAUGUUCACCUCCAGGACCGUAUUUGUGCUGACGGAAUCUCCGGACGAACGAUUCACCUCGUCGCCUUUCCUCUCCUCCUCGCAAGUGGAGGACAUGGACCUGGAGAUGGACAUGGUGCGUGUUGAUCUCCUAGAGCUGGCAGAGAAGACGUGCAACAACUGGGACCUGCGCGAGGAGCUGGAGACAGCGCUGCUGCGUGAGCCCUCCUCCCCGGGGGGCGCCAGCCGCGCCACCAAGAGCGCCGCCAAGCUUGGCAAGCGCAAACACGAGACGUUCAUCACCUCCAGUGGGAAGUCCGACUACCUGGAGCCGGCCAAGAGGGCCCACAUGUCAGCGGCGCCACGUGGCCGUGGGCGUGGAUCGUUCUCCGGCCUUGGCCGCAUGAACGACAUUUUCCGGCUGCGCAAGCAGAACACGAGCCGCCCGCCGUCCAUGCACGUGGACGACUUUGUGGCCGUGGGCUCGCCCGUGGGUAUCCUGCCCACGCCGCCCAUGGUGAAGCGACUACCCAAGGGGAUGCCCAAGGGGCCUCUGCGCGGCAGCUUCUCCGGGGGCAGGGGGGGUGGCCGGGGCAGCAGCUUCCACCAGCCAGGCCGCUUCUUCAACCCUCCCAUCAACAAAGGGACGUACGGGCGGCGAGAGGGCGGCCGUGGCUCCAGCUGGGUGUCGCAGGCGCUCCCGCGAGGGGGCUACGCGGACACGCGGGGGGUGCAGGGUGGCUUCCCCCGAACGCCGCCUGUCAGGACGCCUCCCACCGGCUACCGGCCGGCUCCACGUGACCGGGCCCCACGGGGUCGUGGUAAUCUGGGCGUGGUGCCGUGGGGCGGCGGCGGCGGUGGUGGUGGCGGCGGCGGCGGCAGCGGCGGCGGCGGCGGUGGCAACAACCUGCGUGGCAAGUUUGUGGGACGGGGAGGUGGCGGAGGCAGACACAUUCGCUCCUUCACUCGAUAAGCCUUCCCUGCUGCCGACGGAGGAGCCACCAGUCAACCCCGCCACACCCGCUGGCACCUCUCCUGAAUUUGCGCUGGCAUGAAUGGAAGGAGCAGGAGGGAGGUGAUGAAGGAAGAUGGAGAAGAUUUCGGGGAGCAGGCCAAACGACACACAGAUCCCACCCCACGUGCUGCCAUCAGUCUGGGUUGGGUAAAGAAACUCUGAGGUGGCUUGGCCUUUUUUGGGUUAAACAGGAUCACGGUUGGACUUGAAUUUACCACGGGACGGCCUGUUUACACUGCCAGAUUUUACCGCGUGUUAAGUAAAUUGGUUUUCAUUCCUGGUGAAUUUCCACUGUGAAGAACGAUUUUUUAUGUUUCCAUUAGUUACGGUCGAACUGUUUUUUUUUGUUUUGUGUGAAACAUAGCGGUAAGUUAUUAUCCGAGAGACAAUACAUUGCACCAACUUUUGGAGGCCGAUGGUUGGGACUUCAAGACGGACACAUGGAGCAUUGUCGGUGUCUUCGCUGUGACGUCUGUGCUUAGAGCUCACCGCUUAGGGGAAUUAACUUUUUUCGCUUGCAAAAAAACUCGUUUUGUAUACAGCAAAUGUAAGUAUUCGCUUCGUAAUAAACAUUUAAAUCCUUCA